CGAAAGUCAUGCAAUAUGCACUAUGUGUAAAUCAAAACUUUCAUAUAAGACGAGCUCAUCAAAUUUAAAAAAGCACAUACAAAAGAAACAUCCUACGGUCACAAUCACUUUUUUGGAAAGCAAGAGGUCAACAGUGGUAGCCCAACAUAAAGAAAAUGGCCAGAAUAACGAAAGUAUUGAUAACGAUCGUCCAUCUACUUCAGAUGUUUCAUCACUUAAUUCCGUGGAAGGUCGAAGGGCUUUAGUCAAAAGUUCAACAAAUAAGUCACAUCAAGAUCAAACCAGGGUCGACGAUUAGUUCC